UUUUGUUCCAUAUGGCCUGGUGGUCGAUUUUGUUGGUAGUGUCGCGUUCGAUUUCCAACUCUUUUAAUAAUAUUUUAUUCUCUUUGUUUCCCUUUUAUUUGAGCCCUAAAUUCUUGGCAGUCAAUCACAUCGGUGUAAAAAAUGUGGUAUGUCCUUCAGACAAACCUAGCCACUGCCUCUAUAAACAAGACCAGAAGUCUAAAAAUAAAUUCUUCUCUGCCAUCUGUAAAAGCUUGAACUGAUAUCAUGGAAAGCUCGAGGAAGAAAAGAAAUUAUGAUAGUGAAAAUUACAUCAAGAUUGAUACUGAACCCAGUUUCACCGAUAGGCAAACAAUUAUGAAUGCUUCCAAAAUAGUCAAUACAAAACUUCAAUCUAGAGGAAACAAUAAACUGAAAUUUUUCACUUUAGAGCCCCCAAAGAAAAUCCAAGAGGUUUACAAUCAUGAUAAACAAGUGAUAAACAUCAUUAGCUCUUUGUUAACCGAGCUUGAAAUGUCAAAAAAGCUUGGAAUAUCUCAAGAAAAGCUAAUGAAUGAAAAAGCUAAAGAAAAGGCUCAUUGGAAAAAGCUGGCUGGACAGGCAGAAAUUAUUAGACUGAAGAACGAAAGACGUAUACGAGAUCUUGAAGUUGAAGCAUUGAAAUUAAAAUUUACAGUUGAUGAUUUGAAAGAAAGGAAAAAAGGAGUGGAGCAAAGAGUAAGAGAAAUUAAAAAUGGGUGGGAGACCUAUAAAUGUCAGGUCACCAAAGAAAAGCUUAGAGCGGAAAUAAAUAUUAAAGAAUCUGUGAAAAAACUCAAAUUAAGAUAUCACCCUAAUGAAAAUGGUACAGCAAGUGUCAAAAGACAAAAAAUAGAAAGAGAUUCAUCGCUAAGCAAUAAAGUAAAGUCAGCUUUAUUAAACGAAAACGAACGAGCCCAAAACGAUCUUUGCAUGAUAUUUGGCUUUAUUCAGAACCUAUAUAAAUGUCUUGAGAAAUUGAAGGCAAGUGAUGGAGGUUGCCCUAUAGACCGAACGUUUUUGGUAAACAGAGAUAAAACAGUCGAGUUUAAAAAUGAUUUAAGUGUUCCACAUUUAUUAACAAAACUGGAUUCAGAUUUUAGGUGUGUACUUAAUGAGAUCAAAAACGAGCCCUUUGGUACUGAUGAUACUUUUCGGUCAAAAAGGAUUGGUGUCGAAAAACAACGUGAAAUUGUACUUUUAAAAGAACGCUUGAGUUCAUUACAAAAACAAUUGAACAAAGCAGUUGACACAAUCGAAAAAGACAAUUAGAGAGGUAUAAUUUGACAUUUUGGAUCUGCCAUAUAUUAGUUCGCAAACAUUAUGAACUGUGUGAUUUCGCUUCAAAGGCACGUAUGCCAUCUUCGGAUGAAGCUGAUGAAGCUGAUGAAGCU